GUUCCCCCUUCUGCCCCUCCUCCCCCAAGAGUCCAGGGCUGCCAAAGACGCUUCCCUUAUUGGGGUUGGGACUGUGCAGGUUCAGAGGUAUAGCAGCCAGCACAAGCCACCAGGCUCUCCAGCCUCCUGAACCAUGGCAGCUCAGUGCACCCUGUCUAUUCUGACGGUCCUGUUUUUGCUGACGGUCCUGGUGUUGCUCGGCUCAACCAGAGCGGGCCCUUUCUCUCCUCGGUCCAAUGUGACACUCCCGGCACCACGGCCCCCUCCCCAGCCGGGUGGCCCGUCCUCUCAACUGUAUGAGCAUACUGUGGAAGAUGGAGAGAAGCAGGUGGUGUUCACUCAUCGUAUUAACCUGCCGCCGUCAGCUGGCUGUGGCUGUCCCCCGGGCUCUGAACCCCCGGUGCCUGCUUCAGAGGUGCAGGCCCUGAGGGUCCGGCUGGAGGUCCUGGAGGAGCUGGUAAGGGGCCUUAAGGAACACUGCUCAGGAGCGUGCUGUCCCACAGCGGCCCAGGCUGGCACAGGCCAGACAGACGUGCGCAGUCUCUGCAGCCUCCAUGGUGUCUUUGACCUGAGCCGCUGCGCCUGUUCCUGUGAGCCUGGCUGGGGUGGACCCACCUGCUCAGACCCUACGGACACAAAGACGCCCACCUCGUCGCCGCCCUCAGCCUCCAGGGCCUGUCCCGAAGACUGCAACGACCAGGGCCGCUGCGUGCGAGGACGCUGCGUGUGCUUCCCCGGCUACAGUGGCCCCAGCUGUAGCUGGCCCUCUUGCCCUGGAGAUUGUCAGGGGCGCGGGCGCUGCGUGCAGGGUGUGUGCGUGUGUCGCGCGGGCUUCUCGGGCCCUGACUGCAGCCAGCGCUCCUGCCCUCGCAACUGCAAUCAGAGAGGACGUUGCGAGGAAGGACGCUGCGUGUGUGACCCCGGCUAUUCCGGUGAGGACUGUGGGGUGCGGAGCUGUCCCAGGGGCUGCAACCAAAGGGGCCGCUGCGAGAAUGGCCGCUGCGUGUGCAACCCCGGUUACACUGGAGAGGACUGCGGGGUGCGGAGCUGUCCCAGGGGCUGCAGCCAGAGGGGUCGUUGCGAGGACGGCCGCUGCGUGUGCGAUCCAGGCUAUAGCGGCGAAGACUGCAGCGUGAGGAGCUGCCGGUGGGACUGUGGCGACGGAGGGCGCUGCGUGGACGGCCGCUGCGUGUGCUGGCCCGGGUACUCGGGCGAAGACUGUAGCACGCGGACGUGCCCGCGUGACUGCCGUGGCCGGGGCCGCUGCGAGGACGGGGAAUGUAUCUGUGACGCAGGCUACAGUGGAGACGACUGCGGUGUGAGGAGCUGCCCCGGGGACUGUAACCAAAGGGGCCAUUGUGAGGAUGGCCGCUGUGUGUGCUGGCCCGGGUAUACCGGAGCGGACUGCAGCACGCGCGCUUGCCCACGGGACUGCAGGGGCCGUGGGCGCUGCGAAAAUGGCGUGUGCGUGUGCCACGCGGGCUACAGCGGCGAGGACUGCGGUGUGCGCAGCUGUCCCGGGGACUGUCGCGGCCGUGGGAGCUGUGAGAACGGCCGCUGCGUGUGCUGGCCCGGGUACACAGGCCGAGACUGUGGCACGCGUGCCUGCCCCGGUGAUUGUCGUGGGCGCGGCCGCUGCAUGGACGGCCGCUGCGUGUGCAAUCCGGGCUUCACUGGCGAGGACUGCGGGAGCCGUCGUUGCCCUGGGGACUGUCGCGGACACGGCCAUUGCGAGAACGGCGUGUGCGUGUGUGCUGUGGGCUACUCCGGCAUCGACUGCAGCACGCGCAGCUGUCCCAGCGGCUGCAGAGGACGCGGCCGGUGCCUGGACGGGCUCUGCGUGUGCGAUGAAGGCUACUCCGGUGAGGACUGUGGCAUAAGACGGUGUCCGCGAGACUGCAGCCAGCGCGGCUUGUGCCAGGAUGGCGUGUGCGUGUGCCACGCGGGCUACGCGGGUGAAGACUGCAGCAUUCGCACCUGCCCGGCCGAUUGUCACCGGCGUGGCCGUUGUGAGGACGGGCGCUGUGUGUGCAACCCAGGCUACACUGGGCCUGCAUGUGCCACCCGCACCUGCCCAGCUGAUUGUCGUGGCCGUGGGCGCUGUGUGCAGGGAGUAUGCGUUUGCUACGCUGGCUACAGUGGGGAAGACUGUGGGCAGGAAGAGCCACCUGCCAGUGCUUGCCCUGGGGGCUGUGGGCCACGGGAACUGUGCCAAGACGGACAAUGCGUGUGUGUUGAGGGCUUUCGAGGCCCAGACUGUGCCAUCCAGACGUGUCCAGGUGACUGCCGCGGCAGGGGAGAGUGUAUCCAGGGCAAAUGUGUCUGCCAAGAUGGCUACGCUGGGGACGACUGCGGGGAAGAGAUACCAGCCAUCCAGAACAUGAGGAUGCAUCUUCUAGAGGAGACAACAGUUCGGACAGAGUGGACACGGGCUCCGGGUCCCGUGGAUGCCUAUGAAAUCCAGUUUAUCCCCAUGACCGAGGGGGCAAGUCCACCAUUCACAGCUCGGGUGCCCAGCUCUGCCUCAGCCUAUGACCAGCGAGGACUGGCGCCUGGUCAGGACUACCAGGUCACUGUUCGCGCUCUCCGAGGGACCAGCUGGGGUCCUCCUGCCUCUAAGACAAUCACUACCAUGAUCGAUGGUCCUCAGGACCUCCGAGUGGUAGCUGUGACCCCGACCACGCUGGAUCUCAGCUGGCUGCGUCCCCAGGCUGAGCUGGACCGAUUUGUGGUGUCCUAUGUCAGUGCUGGCAACCAAAGGGUGCGGCUGGAAGUUCCCCCCGAGGCAGACAGGACUCAGCUAACCGACCUGAUGCCAGGCGUGGAGUAUGUGGUGACUGUCACUGCAGAAAGAGGCCACGCUGUCAGCUACCCAGCUUCUAUCAGGGCAAAUACAGGGUCCUUACCCUCUGGCCUCUUGGGGGCUACUGAUGAGCCUCCCCCCUCAGGCCCCUCUACGACCCAAGGGGCCCAGGCCCCUAUCCUGAUCCUGGAGCACCACCCGAUGGGCGAGUUGAAGGUGUUGGGCAGAGACAAGGCAGGGCGCCUCCGUGUGGCCUGGACUGCCCAGCCCGACAGCUUUGCCCACUUCCAGCUGCGCAUGCAGGUGGCCGAGGGGCCUUGGGAGCACGAAGAACUGCUACCAGGAGAUGUCCACCAGGCUUUGGUGCCCCCGCCCCCUCCCGGAGCCCCCUACAAGCUGUUCCUCCAUGGGAUCACCCCUGGGGGCCAGCUCUCUGUUCCUAUCAUCUACCAAGGCAUUAUGGACAGGGCUGAGGAGCAGCCUGGGAAGCCAUCGGUCCUUCCACGCCUGGGUGAGCUGACAGUGACAGGCCUGACCUCUGAUUCCCUGCUUUUGCACUGGACCGUCUCAGAGGGGGAGUUCGACUCCUUCCUGAUCCAGUACAAGGACAGAGACAGGUCCCGGGUGAUACCCGUGGAGGGACCCCAGCGUUCGGCACCCGUCACAGGCUUGGAACCGGGACGCAAGUACAAGUUUAUCCUGUAUGGGCUCGUCGGCAAGAAGAGGCAUGGACCGUUGAUGGCUGAAGCCAAGAUCUUGCUUCAGAGUGACCCCGACCCAGGGUCCCCACCCCGCCUGGGAGAGCUAUGGGUGACAGACCCCACCCCACACUCACUGCACCUCUCCUGGACUGUUCUCGGAGGCCAGUUUGACUCCUUCAUGGUCCAGUACCGAGACAAGGAAGGCCAGCCCCAGGUGGUACCUGUGGAGGGGCCUGAUCGCUCAGUGGUGAUCUCCCCACUCGACCCCAAUCACAAGUACAGGUUCACUCUGUUUGGGAUUGCCAAUAAGAAGCGGUACGGGCCCCUUACUGUCCAAAUCUCAACCCCGAUCCCAACCGCAGAGGUGAGAGAGGAGUCCCAGGAGCCGCCCCGCCUCGGUGAACUGACUGUGACUGGGGUGACCCCAGACUCCCUGCGUCUGUCCUGGACGGUGACCCAGGGUCCCUUCGACUCCUUUGUGAUCCUUUACAAGGAUGCACAGGGCCAGCCCCAGAGCGUGCCCAUCGAGGGGGAUGAGAAUGAGGUCACUGUCCCCGGCCUGGAGUCCAACAGGAAAUAUAAAAUGAACCUCUACGGGCUUCGUGGCAGGCAGCGUGUGGGGCCGGUGUCUGUAGUGGCCAAAACGGCCCCACCAGACAUUGUGGACCAGCCCCCCAGCCCCACAGAGCCCAGCACAGAGGUCCCAGAGCCCCCCAAGAAGCCACUCCUGGGAGAGCUGACUGUGACAGAUGCCACCCCCGACUCCCUGAGCCUCUCCUGGACAGUCCCUGAGGGACAGUUUGAUCAAUUCGUGAUCCAGUACAAGAACGGAAAUGGGCAGCCCAAAGUGGUGCGGGUGCCAGGGCACGAGGACCAGGUGACCAUCUCCGGCCUGGAACCAGACCACAAAUACAAGAUGAACCUGUAUGGUAUCCACAGUGGUCAGCGUGUGGGCCCCGUGUCUGCUGUUGGAGUGACGGCUGCAGAGGAAGAACCCCCCAGCCCCACAGAGCCCAGCACAGAGGCCCCAGAGCCCACAGAGGGCCCAGAACCCACCAAGGAGCUGCUCCUGGGAGAGCUGACAGUGACAGGAGCCUCUCCAGACUCCCUGAGCCUCUCCUGGACCAUCCCCCAGGGAGACUUUGACUCCUUCACUGUCCAGUACAAGGGCAGUGAUGGGCGGCCCCAGGUGAUGCGUGUCGGGGGCCAGGAGAGGGAGGCCGUCGUGAGAGACCUGGAUCCUGGGCGCAAGUACAAGAUGAACCUGUAUGGGCUCCAUGAGGGGCGUCGCGUGGGCCCCGUGUCCAUCAUAGGUUUGACGGACCCACAACCAGAAGAAAAGACCCCCCUCGAGCCACGCCUGGAAGAGUUGACAGUGACUGGUGUAACCCCCAAUUCCGUGAGCCUUUCAUGGAUGGUUCCUGAGGGACAGUUUGACUCCUUCGUGGUCCAGUACCAGGACGGGGAUGGGCAGCCCCAGGAGGUGCCUGUGGCAGCCGAGCAGCGUGAGGUCACCAUCCUUGACCUGGACCCUGCAAGGACAUACAAGAUGAACUUCUACGGGCUACACGGCAGACAACGUGUGGGCCCCCUCUCUGUGUCAGCAAUGACAGACCCCCUCCCAGAAGCACCAGCUCCAGUCACUGAAGCCUCCAAGCUGCCCCCGAAGCCACGCCUGGGGGAACUAACAGUGACAGAUGUGACCCCGGACUCCGUGGGCCUCUUGUGGACUGUCACCGAGGGUGAAUUUGACUCCUUCAUCGUCCAGUACAAGGACAGAGAUGGCCAGCCCCAGGUAGUGUCUGUGGCACCGGACCUUCGGGAGGUCACCGUCCCAGGCCUGGAGCCAUCCCGCAAGUACAAGUUCCUGCUCUUUGGGCUCCAAGAUGGGAAACGACAAAGCCAGGUCUCUGUAGAGGCAAAGACAGCUGCCCGAGAUGACGCCAGCCCAAGGGUCCCUCCCCGCCUUGGGGAGCUAUGGGUGACGGAUCCUACCACCAACUCUCUGCGCCUGUCCUGGACAGUCCCCGAGGGCCACUUUGACUCUUUUGUGGUCCAGUUCAAGGACAAAAGUGGGCCCCAGGUGGUGCCAGUAACGGGCCAAGAGCAGACAGCCACCAUCACGGCCCUAGAUGCUGGCCGAAAGUACAGAUUCCUUCUCUAUGGGCUUCUGGGAAAGAAACGCUUUGGCCCCCUCACUGCAGAGGGCACUACAGAGCCCAUAAAUGCUAUGGACCACACUGGAGAAAAGCACCCCACAAAACCUCGACUGGGAGAGGAACUGCGGGUGACUAGUGUGACCCAAAACUCAGUGGACCUCUCCUGGACAGUCUCCGAGGGCCAGUUUGAUUCCUUUGUGGUCCAGUACAAGGACAGGGAUGGGCAGUCCCAGGUGGUGCCCGUGGAUGGCAGCCAUAGAGAGGUUAGAGUCUCUGGUCUAGACCCAGGCCGGAGGUACAAACUGCUACUCUAUGGCCUUCGAGACAGCAAGCGUGUGGGUCCCCUUUCCGUCAUUGCUGUGACUGGCCCCAGAGAAACAACAGAAGCUUGGACAGAGGUCCCCACAACUUCAACUCCUGCAGCUGUGCCCCGCCUCGGGGAGCUGAGAGUGGAGGAAGCCACGCCUCACAGCCUGCAUCUCUCCUGGGUGGUGACUGAAGGAGAAUUUAACUCCUUCGAGGUCCAGUACACUGACAGAGAUGGGCGACUCAGAGUGGUCAGUACAGAGGGGGACCAGAGUGACAUCACCCUUACUGGCCUGGAAUCUGAUCACAGAUACCUGGUAACCCUGUAUGGCUUCCAUGACGGGCAGCGUGUAGGCCCUGUUCAAAUUGAGGCCAUAACAGUGCCAUGGGAGGAAGAAGAGGAGGAGGAGUCCACAGAACCACCCACCGUGACUCCUGAGUCCAAGCCACAACUGGGAGAGCUGACUGUGACAGACACCACACCCAACUCCUUCAGCCUCUCCUGGACAGUCCCCGAGGGGCAGUUUGACCAAUUCGUGAUCCAGUACAAGAACGGGGAUGGGCAGCCCAAAGUGGUGCGGGUGCCAGGGUACGAGGACCAGGUCACCAUCUCCGGCCUGGAGCCAGACCACAAGUACAAGAUGAACCUGUAUGGUAUCCACAGUGGUCAGCGUGUGGGCCCCGUGUCUGUCACAGGGGUGACGGAUGCAGAGGAAGAGCCCCCCAGCCCCACAGAGCCCAGCGCAGAGGCCCCAGAGCCCACAGAGGGCCCAGAACCCACCGAGGAGCCGCUCCUGGGAGAGCUGACAGUGACAGGAGCCUCUCCAGACUCCCUGAGCCUCUCCUGGACCGUCCCCCAGGGAGACUUUGACUCCUUCACUGUCCAGUACAAGGGCAGUGAUGGGCGGCCCCAGGUGAUGCGUGUCGGGGGCCAGGAGAGGGAGGCCAUCGUGAGAGACCUGGAUCCUGGGCGCAAGUACAAGAUGAACCUGUAUGGGCUCCAUGAGGGGCGUCGCGUGGGCCCCGUGUCCACCAUUGGCGUGACUGACCCCAGAGACGAACCUAUUGAUGCCCCUUCCCUGAAACCCCGCCUGGAGGAGCUGACCGUGACAGAUGCCACCCCUGACUCCCUGACCCUCUCCUGGACAGUCCCUGAGGGACAGUUUGACCAGUUUGUGAUCCAGUACAAGAACGGGGAUGGGCAGCCCAAGGUGGUGCGGGUGCCAGGGCAUGAGGACCAGGUGACCAUCUCCGGCCUGGAGCCAGACCACAAGUACAAGAUGAACCUGUAUGGUAUCCACAGUGGUCAGCGUGUGGGCCCCGUGUCUGUCACAGGGGUGACAGCUGCAGAGGAAGAGCCCCUCAGCCCCACAGAGCCCAGCACAGAGGCCCCAGAGCCCACAGAGGGCCCAGAACCCACCGAGGAGCCGCUCCUGGGAGAGCUGACAGUGACAGGAGCCUCUCCAGACUCCCUGAGCCUCUCCUGGACCGUCCCCCAGGGAGACUUUGACUCCUUCACUGUCCAGUACAAGGACAGUGAUGGGCGGCCCCAGGUGGUGCGUGUCGGGGGCCAGGAGAGGGAGGCCAUCGUGAAAGACCUGGAUCCUGGGCGCAAGUACAAGAUGAACCUGUAUGGGCUUCACGAGGGGCGUCGCGUGGGCCCCGUGUCCACCGUGGGCAUGACUGCUCCAGAGGAGGAAGCUCCAACCACUCAGGUUGUGCCCACCACAACUCCUGAGCCCCCUCCUAAGAAGCCACUCCUGGGAGAGCUGACCGUGACAGAUGCCACCCCUGACUCCCUGAGCCUCUCCUGGACAGUCCCCGAGGGGCAGUUUGACCAGUUCGUGAUCCAGUACAAGAACGGGGAUGGGCAGCCCAAGGUGGUGCGGGUGCCAGGGCACGAGGACCAGGUCACCAUCUCCGGCCUGGAGCCAGACCACAAGUACAAGAUGAACCUGUAUGGUAUCCACAGUGGUCAGCGUGUGGGCCCCGUGUCUGUCACAGGGGUGACAGCUGCAGAGGAAGAACCCCCCAGCCCCACAGAGCCCAGCACAGAGGCCCCAGAGCCCACAGAGGGCCCAGAACCCAUUGAGGAGCCGCUCCUGGGAGAGCUGACAGUGACAGGAGCCUCCCCAGACACCCUGAGCCUCUCCUGGACCGUCCCCCAGGGAGACUUUGACUCCUUCACUAUCCAGUACAAGGGCAGUGAUGGGCGGCCCCAGGUGAUGCGUGUUGGAGGCCAGGAGAGGGAGGCCAUCGUGAGAGACCUGGAUCCUGGGCGCAAGUACAAGAUGAACCUAUAUGGAUUCCAUGAGGGGCAUCGUGUGGGCCCCGUGUCCACCGUGGGCAUGACCGAGGAGGAAGCUCCAACCACUCAGGUGGUGCCCACCACAACUCCUGAGCCCCGUCCUAAGAAGCCACUCCUGGGAGAGCUGACCGUGACAGAUGCCACCCCCGACUCCCUGAGCCUCUCCUGGACAGUCCCCGAGGGACAGUUUGACCAGUUCGUGAUCCAGUACAAGAACGGGGAUGGGCAGCCCAAGGUGGUGCGGGUGCCAGGGUACGAAGACCAGGUCACCAUCUCCGGCCUGGAGCCAGACCACAAGUACAAGAUGAACCUGUAUGGUAUCCACAGUGGUCAGCGUGUGGGCCCCGUGUCUGUCACAGGGGUGACAGCUGCAGAGGAAGAAUCCCCCAACCCCACAGAGCCCAGCACAGAGGCCCCAGAGCCCACAGAGGGCCCAGAACCCACCGAGGAGCCGCUCCUGGGAAAGCUGACAGUGACAGGAGCCUCCCCAGACUCCCUGAGCCUCUCCUGGACCGUCCCCCAGGGAGACUUUGACUCCUUCACUGUCCAGUACAAGGACAGUGAUGGGCGGCCCCAGGUGGUGCGUGUCGGGGGCCAGGAGAGGGAGGCCAUCGUGAGAGACCUGGAUCCUGGGCGCAAGUACAAGAUGAACCUGUAUGGAUUCCAUGAGGGGCAUCGCAUGGGCCCCGUGUCCACUGUGGGCGUGACCGCUCCAGAGGAGGAAGCUCCAACCACACAGGUUGUGCCCACCACAACUCCUGAGCCCCCUCCUAAGAAGCCACUCCUGGGAGAGCUGACCGUGACAGAUGCCACCCCCGACUCCCUGAGCCUCUCCUGGACAGUCCCCGAGGGACAGUUUGACCAGUUCGUGAUCCAGUACAAGAACGGGGAUGGGCAGCCCAAGGUGGUGCGGGUGCCAGGGCAUGAGGACCAGGUCACCAUCUCCGGCCUGGAGCCAGACCACAAGUACAAGAUGAACCUGUAUGGUAUCCACAGUGGUCAGCGUGUGGGCCCCGUGUCUGCUGUUGGAGUGACGGCUGCAGAGGAAGAACCCCCCAGCCCCACAGAGCCCAGCACAGAGGCCCCAGAGCCCACAGAGGGCCCAGAACCCACCGAGGAACCACUCCUGGGAGAGCUGACAGUGACAGGAGCCUCCCCAGACUCCCUGAGCCUCUCCUGGACCGUCCCCCAGGGAGACUUUGACUCCUUCACUGUCCAGUACAAGGGCAGUGAUGGGCGGCCCCAGGUGGUGCGUGUCGGGGGCCAGGAGAGGGAGGCCAUCGUGAGAGACCUGGAUCCUGGGCGCAAGUACAAGAUGAACCUGUAUGGGCUCCACAAGGGGCGUCGUGUGGGCCCCGUGUCCACCGUGGGUGUGACCGCCUCUCUGACCACAGAGCCCCCGAUAGAGCCCCGCCUGGGAGAGCUGGCUGCUGUGGAAGUGACUUCCAGUACUGUGCACCUGUCCUGGACUGUGGCCCAGGGCCCCUUCGACUCCUUCCUGGUUCAGUACAAGGACGCACAGGGGCAGCCCCAGAUGGUGCCUGUGAGCGGAGACCUGGGUGAAGUCACCGUCUCAGGUUUGGAGCCGGCCCGCAAGUACAAGUUUCUACUCUUUGGACUCCAGGGUGGGAAGCGCCAUGACCCUGUCUCCACAGAAGCAAAGACUGCCUCCGACACAAAGCUCCUUCCUCGUCUUGGGGAGCUCACCAUGACAGAUAUGACCCAAAACUCCAUGAAUCUCUCCUGGACUGUUCCUGAGGGUGAAUUCGACUCUUUCUUAGUCCAGUACAAGGACAGGGGAGGGCAGCUCCAAGUGGUGCCUGUGGCAGCGGGCCAACGUGAGGUCACCAUCCCCAGCCUGGAGCCCAAUAGAAAAUACAAGUUUCUGCUCUUCGGCCUUAUAGGCCGCAAGCGGCUGGGCCCUGCCUCCGUGGAGGGCACCACAGCUCCCCUGGAGAAGACACCACAGCCCCGCCUUGGUGAACUGUCAGUGACAGGGGAGACCUCUGACUCCGUGCACCUCUCGUGGACCGUGGCCCAGGGUCCCUUUGACUCCUUCCUGGUCCAGUACAAAGACAGAGACGGGCAGCUCCAGACAGUGCUAGUGGCCGCAGACCAGCAUGAGGCCACCAUAGAGGGUCUGCAGCCAGGCAGGAGGUACAAGUUCCUGCUCUAUGGGCUGACUGGAGGAAGGCGCCUGGGUCCCAUCUCUGCCUUGGGAGUGACAGCCUCAGAAGUGGACACAUCAGCCCCAAACCCCACUGAGGCCCCUGAGGCUCCCCGCCUGGGGACACUCGCAGUGACGGAGGCAACCCCAGAUUCCCUGCGCCUCUCCUGGGGUGUGGCCCGUGGCCCCUUUGACUCCUUUGUGGUCCAGUACCAGGACACAGAGGGCCAACCCCAGGCCCUGCUUGUUGAUGGAGACCAGGACAAAGUCCUCAUCUCAGGCCUGGAACCCAACACUUCCUAUAAGUUCUUCCUCUAUGGUCUCAGUGAAGGAACACGCCACGGACCUGUCUCUGCAGAGGGCACCACAGAUCCAGUUCCUGCUGGUCCAGGGGACCCCGGGCCCCGCCUGUCUCAGCUCUCCGUGUCAGAUGUGACCACCAGUUCUCUGCGGCUAAACUGGGAGGCCCCCCUUGGUGCCUUUGACUCUUUCCUACUGCGCUUUGGGGUCCCCUUACCAAGUACCCUGGAGCCGCAUCCUCGCCCUCUGCUCCAGAGAGAGCUUAUGGUGCCAGGGGCACGGCGCUCCGCCGUGCUUCGAGACCUGCGUCCCGGGACCCUGUACAGCCUGACUCUGUAUGGGCUGCGUGGGCCGCACAAGGCAGACAGCAUUCAGGGUACUGCCCGCACUCUGAGCCCAGUUCUGGAGAGCCCUCGGGACCUGCAAUUCAGUGACAUCGGGGAAACAUCAGCCAGAGUGAACUGGGUGCCACCACCAUCCAGGGUGGACAGCUUCAAAAUCUCCUACCAGCUAGCAGAUGGAGGAGAACCACAAAGUGUGCAGGUGGAUGGCCACUCCCAGACCCAGAUCCUCCAGGGGCUGAUUCCAGACACUCGCUACGAGGUGACUGUGGUCUCCGUCCGUGGCUUUGAGGAGAGUGAGCCUCUCACAGGCUUCCUCACCACAGUGCCUGAUGGUCCCACCCAGCUACGGGCAUUGAACUUGACUGACAGAUCUGCUCUUCUACACUGGAAACCCCCCCACAACCCGGUGGACAAAUACAAUGUCCAGGUCGCAUCCCCUGGGGCCCCGCCCCUUCAGGCCUCCGCACCUGGCAGCGCUGUGGACUACCCCCUGACGGACCUGGCACUUGACACUAAUUACACCGCCACCGUGCGUGGUCUCCGGGGUCCUAACUUCACCUCCCCAGCGAGCAUCACCUUCACCACAGGGUUAAAGCCCCCCCAGGACUUAGAAGCCAAGGAAGUGACGCCUCGCACAGCCCUGCUCACUUGGACUGCGCCUGAAGUUCCACCCACAGGCUACCUGCUCAGCUUUGACACCCCUGGAGGACAGAUUCAGGAAAUCCUGCUUCCAGCAGGAACCACCUCCCACAGGCUUCUCCGCCUCUUCCCCUCCACCUUCUACAGCGCCCAGCUUCGGGCUAUUUGGGGCGAGAGCCUCACACCGCCUGUGUCCACUUCCUUUACAACUGGCAAACUGCGGAUCCCCUUCCCCCGGGACUGCGGGGAGGAGCUGAAAAAUGGGGCCAGCACCUCAAAGACCACCACCAUCUUCCUCAACGGCAACCGCGAACGGCCUUUGGAUGUGUUUUGUGACAUGGAUACUGAGGGAGGCGGUUGGCUGGUGUUCCAGCGCCGCAUGGAUGGACAGACGGACUUCUGGAGAGACUGGGAGGAGUAUGCCCAUGGUUUCGGGAACAUCUCCAGGGAAUUCUGGCUGGGCAAUGAGGCCCUGCACAGCCUGACACAGGCUGGAGACUACUCUAUGCGUGUGGACCUGCGGGCCGGAAAGGAAGCCGUGUUCGCCCAGUAUGACUUCUUCCGGGUAGACUCAGCAAAGGAGAACUAUCGCCUACACCUGGAGGGCUACCAUGGGACUGCAGGUGACUCUAUGAGCUACCAUAGCGGCAGUGUCUUUUCUGCCCGUGAUCGAGACCCCAACAAUUUGCUCAUCUCCUGCGCUGUCUCCUAUCGUGGGGCUUGGUGGUACAAGAACUGUCACUACGCCAACCUCAACGGGCUCUAUGGGAGCAUAGUGGAUCACCAGGGAGUGAGCUGGUACCACUGGAAAGGCUUUGAGUUCUCGGUGCCCUUCACGGAAAUGAAGCUGAGGCCCAGAAACUUCCGGGCCCCUACCAGGGGCACCUGAGCCUGCUGUCCACCUCACUCACACCCUGGUAUGACUGCCGAGCACUGAGGGGUUGUGACCAGAGAAGAGCCAGUGUGUCUGUACUGUGCCUAGCUCGCCGAGGAAGCCUUCUCUGCCACAAUGUCACAGCAUCAUGUUUACAGGGGGGAGGGGAGGGAAAUAGAGCAAUAAAAGAGAAACUGAGGCACAA